AUGGUUCCAGCCGGGAUCCGCCUAGAUCUAGCCCAUGAAUCGAUCUGUUCGCCAGAUAAAGUCCGGAUCCAGCUUAGCGGGAGGCGGCAGCUUUAUAGCGAUAAAGCGAAGAUCGUAAACGUCGGCAAAUACCUUCGGAUCCAAGCAGGAGAGUCGGUGGAGCUGCCAUUGCGCCUGAGGUCGUCGAUCCACGACAAGCUAUGGAUCACGCGUGGGGAUCGAUGGGUACCGACAAUAUCCGAUGGACCGGGGAGGACGAAGUACGUCUCAAUCACCAACAUCGGGGACGAGGUGUUGAUCCUGCACCAAGACCAAUGGAUCCGGAUCUGGCUGGCCGGUGACCAUGUACCACGGAUACCGGGUUUUAUCUCGAUUGGCUCUCGUCGUUACAUGGAGUGGCAGAAGCUAGCGUUGGAAGCUACGACAGACGCCCGAUCCGAAGAAAUGGAGGCCAAGAUCCCACUGGUGCCUGCGGUGGAGCGGACCGAGUACGAAACUCCGCGCGCAAUACUCCAAAGACCGAAGGCAACAUAUGUGGCCAGUGAUCCAUUGAACGGCAAGUGCGUCACGUCUAUGUCUCAAAAAAUGGACAUGGAUCCACCACCUGCUAUUGAAGAUCAACCAGACACGUCGGAUCUGGAUCUCACCUGGAGCUCAGAUCAAGAUUAUGAUGAAUGUGUAUACUACCAUAAAGGAAGUUAUCUAUACGCGGAAGAUGUCGACAGUCAGAUGGCAGUACUGCCAGAAGUGUCUGUGACGACGGAAGAUGUGAAGAUCGAGGACAUUCAGCUAUGUGGAUCUGAUAAUCAGACCUCAGAAGAAAUUGAUCGACUUCGCCAAAGGAUCUGGAAGUUCCGACAUCUCUUGAUCGGCAAAGGAAACGCCCUUUCGCCGGCGGCUAGAGGUGUGGUGUGCGAUAUCGAUGUCGGGGGAGCGAGAUCUAUCGCCCUGAAGUGUCUUCAGGAAGAAGCUGGCAGACUUGAUCAAGGUCUAUUGUCCGCCAAGAUGAUCAACUACUCAAGAUCACCAUGGGCUUCCCCGAUCGUAGUGAUUAUCAAGAAGAAUGGAGUGGAUAUCAGGUUGUGUAUCGAUUAUCGGCUGGUUAACAGCUUAACUCAGCUGAUGAUCUACCCAAUGCCCUUGAUCAACGAUCUACAUGAAGAUCUGGAGUCGACACUUUGGUACUGCCCUUUGGAUAUGGCGAGCGGAUUUUGGGUGGUGAAAAUGACGGAUCGUGCUCGUGUGAUCUCGGCUUUCAUAACUCCCUUCGGAUUAUUUGAGUGGAAUCGAAUGCUUGUCGGCCUGAAGCAUACGCCCCAGAUCUAUCAACGUAUGAUCGACAACGCGUUAUAUGGAUUAACCCGGAUCCCGAAGUCUGAAGAUCACAGAAGUACUAUGGAUGUGUUUGAGGACGGGGAACCGUUGGAUCCAGGCAAACCAUCGGUGCUUGGGCGUAGAUCAUAUAUCGAUGACAUCCUGAUCCCCACCAAUAACUGGGAUCAACUAUGUGACCGAGGCGAGGGUUUGCUCGAAGCAUGUGAUAAGUGGAAUCUGUCGAUCAGUGUGGUGAAGAGUUUCUGGGGAAUACCCAAGGUAGAAUAUCUGGGUCAUAAGGUCUCCCACAAAGGACUGGAGGCGAAUCCGAAGGAUCUGCCGGCACUAACUGAUCUAGCUUUUCCAGGAUCACUCAGAGCUAUGCAGUCAUUUUUGGGAAGUCUGAACAAUUACAGCCGGUUCAUUGAAGACUAUGCUAUUUAUGCAUCAGUACUGUAUGAAUUGCGAGAAAUCGACUUUGCUGCGAUGAUGAAGGAGGCUAUCCAAGCGCAGAUCCAGCAAGUGUUGGAAACGGAGGACAUGGAUCAAGGAUCACAGGAAGAUCAGGUGGUCGACCACCGAAAGACUUUGGAUCUGGAGGCGCCAGAUCCCACCGAGGUGGAUUCACGCUGGAUACAUGCCUAUCGAUAUUUCAAUGCGCUCAAAGCCAAGAUCGCUACUACUCCGAUUUUACGGCACUUGAUCCAGAUCGAAGGGCCACGGUCGUAG